AUGAUUCCCUGGGAGCUCGUCGACAAUGGCACCGAAUACCUUAAUUUAGCUAACACAGAAUCUGCCGUCAAUGAACUGGAUUUCCUGGACGGGUCACAGAACGUCGCUAUAGUCAUUCACGGGAGGGAUAGUUCAGCGUUCAGCGAGUAUGGCCAAUCGCUACGAUCAUCGUUUUUAUCAAGCGAUCGUGAGCUGACAGUGAUUUUAGUGGACUAUGCUUUAGUUGCUUCUAUGGAUUAUGCAACAGCAAUCAACGCUGUACCAUUUGUCGCCGACGAUAUCAUCGCUUUGAUAGUCCAACUGGAGGCUGCGAACAAGAUCGAUCGUAACCUGGUUCAUAUUGUGGGCUUUGAUAUUGGAGCACACAUUGCUGGACUUGUUAGCAGAGAUUCGCGUGCACGAGUUCAGAGAAUAACUGGUUUAUCUCCCGCCGGGCAAAAUUGGGAUUCCUUUUCCCGCCGUUUACGAGCCACCGACGCUAAUUACGUCGAGGUCAUACACACCGAUUACACAGGCUCAAGGGCUUUUGGCAUUAGCGAGACGAUUGGUACAGUGGAUAUAUUCGCUAACACUGGCACAAGUCAACCAGGCUGUUCGAACAACCAGUGCAACCACGACCGGGCCUGGCAGCUGUUUGGGGCGACACUGGACAUGGGUGGCCACCUGGUGGGCCUUGGAUGUGAUUCUCUUACUGACAUGACCAGAAACCGAUGUGUCGGUGCUCCCGCUGUUUCCUUGGGUACCAAUGAUUUAUUUAAACAGGGAACUGGAAUUUACCGGGUCAAUACGGGCAGAGCGUACCCGUACAACGCCUGAGAAGUUUCGAGAUUUAUUAACAUUGUUCCAAAUUGUUAUAAUAAAUGUUAAGU